CUGGGCUCCAUAAAGACGAGAGGGGUGAAAAAUCCUCAAAAGAGCUAUCUGUGGCGAACCUACCAGCGUCGCUCUGCUGACUCUCAUGUUUCAAUAUGUCAAAUUAAACUAGCUGCCCCUUUCCCUCGUCUUCCUGACCACAUCCCCGUUUAAAUCCCUCCGCUUGGCACUGCCCACUUUGUUGGCAUUUUUAAAAAUGUGUGUGGGAGCGGAGUUAUUGUUUUACAUGGGGUUUGUUUCCACAUUGGGCGCAGAGAAGCUGGUUUUCAUCACAGAUUCAGAACUGCAGAUGGCAUAAGAAAUUUUCCUCUCAGAGAAAUGUACCUCACCUUUAAUCUACAACCGCACCCUCACCUGCUCAGAUUUCAGUUGCCCUGUAGAGCUGAUGAUGUUCUGAGCUGCUGUCCAAUCGGAGAACAGCUCUAAGUGACCUUUGAUCAGUGUGGACUCUGGAUGAUCUUCAGCUGGUGACAAACACUGGGUCCUCCAUUUCCUCAUUGUGUGAUCCAUGAUGAAGCUCCCUCUACCUGCUCCUCUUCUUCUGCUUCCUUCUUUCCUGCUGGUUGGGACAUUCUUCCCUCUGGCUAAUGGUGGACACAUCCUGGCCUUCCCAGGUGAGCACAGCCACUGGCUGAACAUGCGGACCAUCAUAGAGGAGCUUGUAAGGAGAAACCACAAGGUUACCAUCCUGGUGCCGGACGCAUCGUCAACAGUCAACUACAACAGCAGCCGAGAUGCUGCCAUGUUUAACUUCCUGGUGUUUAAGGUUCCAUUCAGCAGAUCGGACAUGAAUGACAUAAUGCAAGAUUAUAUUCAGUUCUCCAUGUACCAUGCCCAUAACUCCUCCCUGUUGCGUCGGUUUCUGGUGCCUCUGACAAUUUUAGGAAAGCUUUCUCAAAUGGGGAUGCAGCAAUGUGACGCCAUGCUAAAAAACCAGGAGCUUAUGGUGACACUGCGGGACACCGCCUUCGAUGUGGUCCUACUGGACCCCAUGGUGGUGUGUGGAGACCUUGUGGCUGACAUGCUUGGUGUGCCCCUAGUCCUUUCACUGCGGUUCUCAGUGGGCAGCACCUUGGAGCGUCACUGUGGUCAGGCAUCAAUGCCUGCGUCCUUCGUCCCCGCAUCUCCGCUGCCGUACACCGACCACAUGACAUUUGGGGAGCGGCUAAUCAACAUGUUAACGUACAUGGGGACAUCAGUGCUGAGCCAACUGUACUGGAGAAGGACGCUUGACUCACUCUACACCGAGAUCAAAGGAUUUGGCUGUAGGAUGAGGGUGGAGGGCUUGAGCCAGGUAAUCUACAAGCUGAGAAGUGCUAGCAGCUUCUGUAGCUCCCUGGGGAGGGCUGAUGUCUGGCUGAUCAGGACCUUCUGGGACAUUGAGACACCGCGGCCAAUACCGCCAAACUUUUUCUAUGUUGGCGGUCUUCACUGCAGACCAGCCAAUCAGUUGCCAGAGGACAUGGAAGCAUUCCUGCAGAGCUCAGGAGAUGAUGGUGUGGUGGUUGUCACCUUCGGCUCCCUGGUAACCAGUCUGACAGCAGACAGAGCUGAUGUCAUUGCCAGUGCUUUAGGACGAAUACCACAGAAGGUAAUUUGGCGUUAUUGUGGCAAAACCCCGGGAUCCCUUUCACCAAAUACGAAGCUCUAUGAUUGGAUCCCUCAGAAUGACUUGUUGGGUCACCCACUGACCCGAGCCUUCGUGACACACGGUGGCACAAAUGGUUUAUAUGAGGCUUUGUUUCAUGGUGUUCCGGUGGUUGGUAUCCCGCUGUUUGGUGAUCAGCCAGAUAAUCUUGCGCGUCUGAGCCGGCGUGGUGCUGCCGUUGUCCUAAACUUCAACCACAUGACGGUGGAUGACCUGGAGAAGGCGCUUCAUGCUGUCAUCAAUGAGCCCAGCUUCAAAUCAAACAUGCAGUACCUCUCCUCGCUACAGCGUGAACAGCCGGUGGCACCACUAAGCACUGCUACUUUCUGGUUGGAGUUUGUGAUGCGGCAUGGAGGAGCUAAACACCUGAGGAUGGCGUCACAUGACCUGUACUGGUUCCAGUACUACAGCUUGGACGCAGGAGCGGCUCUACUGCUCUCUAUGAUAGCUGGCCUCUCCCUCUGCUGGGCAGGGCUCUGCUACUUCCUGCGGUGCUGCAGAGGGCAAGCACAAAGACAGAAAAGUGAUUGACAAGUUCAGUUUCUGAACUGUAAUGUUUUCCUAAUUAAGGACAUUUCUUAAUGUACUUUUAUAAUAGUAUAAUGUAUGUAAAUUGUUUACCUUGUGUGGAUUAGGGAAAAUAUACCAGUACAUUCAAACUUUUGAAACCAAGUCUUGUUUCUUUUUAAAGUCAUUGUCGUAUCAUCAUUCCAUUGUAAAAAAGACUAUAGUGUAAAUUUUCUGCCUUUACACUAUAGUCUUUCUUUGAAGGCCCAAAAUUAUUGUGACAUUCAAACCAUGGUCACAAUAAGUCUGUAUCAUAUAAGGAUUCUCUGGCCCCGUCCCUGAUGUGACCAGUGAGGACAUGUUUAGCCGAAUGCUUCACUCAACCGUUGCUGUCUAGGUGGUGUCCUGAAAAUGAUGUGGGCUACAUUUAUAAUUGGCAUUAUUUAAACAUUUUGAGGAAAACCUGGUCUGAUUCGGAGAGAUCCAUCCAUCCCACUUUGGAUGGAGCAGCUCUUCUUUCUAGGAAUCUGGCUGAAGUUAUUAGUUCUCCAAAACUCUGACAACCGAAGAUUACGUUACUAUAAAUGACUUAACUACUAAUUAUUUAAAUGUUCACAUACCUCGAAAUACUGGGCGAGGAGGAGUAGCAACCAUCAUUCAGUCCAAUUUAUUGAUUAGUCUCAGACCAAUUAUUAGCAACAAUUCUUUUGAAUAUUUAACCCUUAGUUUUCCUCAUCCAAAUUGCAAACCACUAAAGCCACUUCUGUUUGUUGUUUUGUACCUCCACCAGACCCUUACUCUCAAUUUUUAGAUCAGUUCUCAGACUUAUUAGAUUUAGUGUUAAAUACAGACAAGGUCAUAGUGGGGGAUUUUAACAUUCAUGUUGACACUGAAAGUGAUAGCCUAAAUAUAGCCUUUAAUGCUAUCUUAGACCCAUUUGGCUUUGCUCAACACAUUAGCAAACCUACCCACCUUUGUCUUCAUUCUCUGGACCGUGUGCUGACAUAUGGAAUUGAGUGUAAAUAAAUAUUUCUUCAUAAUCCUC